AUGCCUGAUAAAAUGUUCCCAGAAUCACCCGACCUCAAUACAAUAAACCUUUCCGUCGUCUUUACCGAUAACGAUCAGACGUCAAGCCUUGAGCCAAGUAUCGAUGAAAAUAUUAUCCACCCUGUCACUCUAGCGUGCCAAGAAUUACCCAACCUCAAUGCAAUAAACUUUUCCGCCGCCUUUUCUAUUAACGAUCCGACGUCAAGCUUUCAGCCAAGCAUCAAUGAAAACACCAUCACCUGUUCACAAAUCGACUCGUGGGGGUACGGAACUGCGGGGAGACCUGAAAGGACAGAAAAGAGAAAUACCUACAGUAGCCAGCCUGUCGGUAGUGAUGGGGCCUACUGCGGGAGGGACGGUUUCACAAGAUGCCCUUGCGGACAAAGAGAUCAAAACACAGUCUACGAACAAGUUCUUGAUUCGUAUUCUACCGGGAGUACUUCUCAAACUUGCCCAUUAUGCCUACCUAGGCUUCUUACAGAAAAGAAUAGUGCAGUUGCACAGCAAACUCUGUGCAAGCAGCAUCGCCAGCCUCGUGCGCAGCAAGAUCGAUACGGUCAGUAA